UAGUCAGACAGUUCUAAAAGUUAUUCCAUCUUUUGCUGUGUUCAAUCAUCCCUCAAUCUCUUUUUGGUGAUCCAAGCGCUGGAUAGUGGUAUAUCUAGCGCAAAUGUCAUUGUAAUAUAUCCAUCACACCCUACCAUCCAUCCUCCAACAAUAUGACCGUAGUCUCAAAUGACCCUAGUUCGUGGCUAUGGAUCACUUCGUGGCGCAUUUCCAGCUACUUUGUAGUUGCCGCCUCUGUUGGAGUGACGUAUGAUUGGGCCCUUACACUUGGACAAGAGGUUGAAUUGGUUUGGAGGCAACGUUGGUCCCUGAUGACCGUACUGUAUCUGAGUGUGCGCUAUCUUGGAAUAUCAUUUGCUGUCUUGAACAUACUGAUCAAUGUUCCGACGAUCUUUUUGACAGACGCAGUGAGCUGGAGUCUGUAUAUCACGGUGAAUUGGAUGUAUGUCGUGAUAUUUCCAAUGCUGCGAGUCAUCGUGAUCACUCGGUUACAUGCCAUGUAUCAACAAUCCAGAAAGAUGCUGAUAUUCCUCAUUGCCAUCUUUCUGGCUGAUACCAUUUUCAACGUAGUGGUCUUCGUAAUGUCAACGAGGCAUACUUCAGGAGAGGAAUACAUUCUCUCUGGCACCUAUGACUGCGCAAUUACCUAUAAGGACAAUUUCCUCCUUCUAGAUUCUAUGACUUGGAUAUUCGGCACUGUGUGGGAGGUCAUUGUACUGUUUCUCGCAGUCUGGAUUGCUGUAAAACACUUCCGUGAGCUGCGCCAACAUUCGACAGGAGGGGUCAUGGAGGACUGUUUCACGGUAUUAAUAAGAUCCCACGUGUUUUACUUUUUGAGCUUUCUUGCCGUUUCUUGCCUCAACCUCAUGGUUUUUUCUCCAGCGAUCUCUGUGAACCCAAAUGUCCUCAGAGUUGAUUUUUAUUAUGGUACACUCCAAGUGUUGACGGUCGUGCAAAUGUUUGUGCUCGGACCACGCCUAAUCCUUGGCAUUCGAGACUAUACCGCUAAGCUCGUGACCGACUCCGAUGCAGCAACCCACAUGACCUCAAUCGCUUUCGAGGAGCGCGUGCAUAUAUCGACUGGUAGUGGCGUGUAGCACGGGAGAAGUUAACGGUUGCUUGGUGCUUGCAGGGAACAUGAGAAUUUAGUGCUGUAUUCAUUUUCAGUUUCGUCAUGCCAUGCUUAUUUAGUCAUUCGAUGUUGCACAGUGGAUUCAAGGAGA